GAAAGAAGUGUAAAUAAACCAGACCGUGAAUACGCGUCCAUGGAUUUUAUACCUGAUGAUGAAGACUUACAGCAAUUACUAGAAGCAGAAGAAGAAAACAUUAAGAAAAAUGACGAGGAUGAAUACGAGGAAGAAGAGGAGUACCUUUUGGAGAUGAGAAACGCUAAUUCUUUGGAAAAUUUAGAGCAUCGAAGUAUCCCAAAUGAUUUGUUUCACAGUUCUCAACCAAUUGGGUCUCCAACGAGAAAUGGAAAUGAUCUUCCUUCAACUUUGGAUUUGUAUGGCUCCCAAAAUGGGGCAUCCAGUAUGGAUUCUUAUAUGGUCGAAGAUACAAAGUUACCGAAUGUCUCAAACAGUUCCAAAGUUGAGCUUGAUAAUAAAUCAGAAUAUUCGGAAAUGGACUUGAGUAGCUUUAUUUCUCGUAAGCCAAUGAGUACCGACACUCCCAUGGCCGAAUCUAAGUACGAUUUAUCCCAAACGCAAUCCAUUUUAUGGCAACAGAACACAGAGUUGCCAAAAGGAAACCUAUUUUUUCCAGAUGAAGAACUUCCACUUGAUAGUCCUGGCAAGAAAAACAAUAAUUCUCUGAGUAAUUCAAUCCGUCUCCCUUCACCGGAUACAAAUCCAAUAUUUUCUUUCAAAGAAGACACCAGCGUCGACUCUAAUCCAUUCUAUGUUGCACCUACAGGUACAAAUGUACCUGAUGCCAAAUUUUUACAUGAUCUAGACAAGGCGACGCGUAGUCCUUAUGCAAACCCAUCAAGUGGCUCUUCCAGUGCCUUUGGUUAUGUAACUGCUCGUAGUUCUUCUGGUGCUAUUUUUCAUUUUCCUAAGCGAUAUAACCGACAUAUACAAAUUCCAUAUCAGCAACGUGCCGACGAUACUACCGAGCUAUCAGAAACCCCUUUCUUCAAAGACACUUUACUUCGAAAUGUCCAACGUUGGUCGGAAGGUAUUAAGGCGCAACCCAAAGUGAAUCAAGAUUUGCUUUCUUCAGCCGGCCACCUAGACAAGACCUCAAGUUAUCCUGCAUCAAAAAGCUUGCUACACACUGAGGAGAUGUGGGUUGACAAGUUUCGUCCUCAAUUGUUUCGAGAGUUAAUUGGUGAUGAAAGAGUACACCGAGAUGCCAUGCGUUGGAUUAAAGCUUGGGAUCCAUUUGUGUAUGGACAUAGCACUCCGUAUGCGUCGGCAUCACCACGCCAAUUUCCUGUAUCAAAGGCCGCAGUUAGAGAUACAGGGCGUCCAGAUAAAAGGAUUAUGGUUUUGACUGGCCACGCUGGUUCAGGAAAAACAACCUUAGCUCAUGUAAUAGCUCGUCAAGCCGGUUAUAAGGUCCUCGAAAUAAAUGCUAGCGAUGAUCGUACAGCUAGCACAGUUCAUGAAAAAAUUGGAGCGGCUGUCUCUUAUCACUCUGCCUUGUCUUCCCAACCUACUUGUGUCGUUGCGGAUGAAGUUGAUGGCGGAGAUCCUGCCUUCAUACGCGCUCUUGUAGCGCUUCUGGAAAGCGAUGAAAAAGCCAGUGUUGCACAAACUAGCACCAAAUCAAAGAAAAAGUCGAAGCAAAAGACAAUUUGUCGUCCUAUCAUUUGUAUCUGCAAUGAUCUUUAUACUCCUGCGUUAAGACCUUUGCGACCAUAUGCUCAAGUAGUUUAUUUCAAUGCUCCUCCGCAAGCAACUUUGGUAGGACGUUUACGCUCUAUUUGUAGAUCUCAAAACUUAUCUAUAGACAGUCGCUCGUUAACGUUAUUGACUGAUAUUUACAAUUCGGACAUCCGAAGUUGUCUAAACAGCCUACAACUUUUAUCUCUAAAGGCAUCAUCCAUUAAUCAGGAAAUGAUUAGACAUUUACAACCAAAAACGAAUUCAUCAACAAAUUCAGGUCUCUUAUCAUCCCUUCUACAUCGCCCUGAUGCGCGUUCUCUACGAAGUAUAGAAGCAUCGCAAAUAUCUUAUUCACAUAUAGACAAAUUAUUAAACAUGAUUGAGAGUGGUAAUGAUGUAGAUGCUACAUUAAUGGAUUGCUAUCACGUUUACCUACAGAUGCCUUUUACAGAUAAUCUGUUCUCUAAACCAGUCCUAACAGCAGAUUGGCUUUAUUUUUUUGAUCAACUUAAUACACUAACGCAUAGAGGAAAUUACGAAUUAUGGAAAUAUAUGCCUUAUUCCGUUAUUCACUUUCAUUACUUAUAUGCUUCUGCUAAUAAAGUUCAUCUUACUAGAUAUCCUCGUUAUGAUUUGGAAAUGAUGAAGCUUCGUCGCGACCGGCUUGAGAUUUUGGAUACCUUCAUGUCUUCCUUCAAUGCCCAAGAUUUGGAGUUCUAUAGAAAACAAACCGUACUCCUGGAUUUAAUUGAUCCAUUGUUAAGUGUUAUUAAUCCUCCAAUAAAGAAGUCAUCUAGAAGCUCUAGUGCCGAAGAUAAAUUAAAAAUUGAGCAUGCCGUGCGAAUCAUAGACCACUACAACCUGAGGUUGAAUCAUAUUCCAAUCGGUGAUGGACAGUACACCUAUCGACUUGAACCUCCGUUAGAAGAACUAGUAUGGAAUCCUCCCUCUCAUACGUAUUCAACUAGACAAUUGCUUUCCCAAGAACUUCUUCGGAAACGCCUUGAACAAGUUCAAAAAAAUUCUAUACCAAAAGCUUCCUCUUCGGAAUCAUCGAAAAAGAAAAGAAAAGAAGUGGGACUCGAGAGAACGAUACGUCGCGACUUUUUUGGUAGAGAAAUUAAAGUCCCUCAACACAUUGAAAAUAGCGUAGAGAACGAAACCUCUCCAAUUUCUUCAGAGAAAGUUAUUGCGGUUAAUCUGAAGUUCCAUGAUGGGUUUUCAAAUGCCAUUCGAAAGCCCAUCUCCCUUCAUGACAUCCUUCAUUUUGAGUAAUUUGUAUAUUAAUAUAUUUCUUUAUUUGUUUCAUUA